AUGGAAAAACCGCUGUCAACCACGAACGCCCCGACGGUCGUCGAACUCAUCUCCCAUGGCGAGGCUGUUGUCACGGACAAGGUCGGCACAGAAGCCGACAUUCACGAUAUGUUACGCAUGGGCAAGGUGCAGCAAAUGCAGCGCAUCUUUAACCUCUUUCCCAUGGUUUCCUUCAGCAUCAUCCUCAUGGCUUCGUGGGAAAUCGCUCUCGGCGCAUCCGUCAUUUCGAUUUUCAAUGGCGGUGUUGCUGGGACUCUUUACAUCUACAUCGUCUGUUGGAUCGGCUUUCUUGCGGUGUAUAGCAGUAUGGCCGAGAUGGGUGAGCAGCAGGGCACCGACUUCUGGAGGUCAAUACCACUGGGUAUACCCAACUGCCACGAAAUGCCGGCCUCGAACCAUGCUAAGACGAAACAGGUGUCUGAGUUUGCUCCGCAGCAAUAUCAAAAGAUUCUCAGCUACUUUGUGGGAUGGCUUAGCACACUGGGGUGGCAGAUUGCUGUCAUUUCCACAGCAUUUCAAGCGGGAGUGCAGAUCCAGGGGCUGCUCGUCCUCAACUACCCCGACUACGUCUUCGAACGAUGGCACGGCACCUUACUCGUCAUUGCUGUGGUCUCUUUCGGAUGCCUGUUUAAUGUCUUCCUGGCAAAGCAACUGCCAUUCAUGGAGGUCCUGUUCCUGAUCUUCCAUAUUUGCGGCUUCUUUUGUGUGCUGAUACCGCUGCUUGUGCUGGGGAAGAAGUCACCAUCUAAGGAAGUCUGGACUAUGUUUUUUGAUGGGGGCUGGGACAAUCAGGGCGUCUCCACUCUCGUCGGGAUACUUUUCGGUGUCAUUCCUCUGCUCGGGGCAGACGCAGCGGCACAUAUGGCCGAAGAGCUCACGGAUGCAAGCUAUACACUGCCGCGAGCCAUGAUGUACUCGACACUCGCCAACGGAGGAUUGGGUCUCGCCAUGAUGAUCGCGUACUGCUACGUUGUUGGCGAUUUCUUGAAAGGUACACUGGCCUAUUCGACACCCACAGGCUUCGGCUAUAUUCAGGUAUUCUUCAACGUGACAGGAUCGCAUGCAGGCGCUAGUGCUAUGUGCGCGGUGGUGAUCAUCGUGAUCAUCUUCUGUUCCACGACCAUGAUGGCGACGACCUCGCGGCAACUCUUCGCCUUCGCUCGAGACCGAGGAAUGCCGUUCUCGAGUUGGCUUGCACACGUGAACCCUCGCUUCCAACUCCCCAUCAAUGCGAUCGUCUUCUCGUUCUUCUUUUCCGCGCUGCUGUCCUUGAUCAAUAUUGGCAGCACUGUUGCCUUCAAUAUCAUCAACUCCGUCGGCACAGUAGCCCUCAUGCUGUCCUACAUGAUCUGCAUAUCAUGCUUGCUCUGGCGGAAAUUGACCAAGCAGCCGCUUCUUCCGUCAAAGUAUCCUCCAGGACAAGGCUGGUUUGGCAUCGCGACGAACGUCUUCGCCUUAUGCUUCCUGCCUAUCGUAUUCAUCUUCAGCUUCUUCCCGCCGUAUCCGGAGCCGGCUCUCACGCUGCCAUGGAUGAACUUUGCCGUGGUGAUCUUUGGGAAUAUUGGCUGA